UAUCAUCUAUACUCCCUUGACCUGGUCUACGCAUCAUCACCAUGACACCAUCUCCAGAAUGUCCCUCCUCCUCUGCCUCAUGCUCUUCAGCUCUCUCUCCUGCCUGUUCUGGUACAGUUUUCUGAACCAGACGCUUCAUCUGCAGAAACGUCCUCCUGACGUUCCUCAGAGAAACAUCAGCAUCCUGCUGUGGCACUGGCCAUUUGGCCGUUCCUACAGUCUUGCAGGAGAUAAAUGCCUGGAGAUGUACAACAUCAGUCACUGUCUCCUCACUGAUAACACUUCAGACUUCGCCACGGCUGAUGUGGUUGUGUUCCACCACCAGGAGAUCAGCCAUGGCUCGUCUUCGCUGCCCUUGCACCUGCAUCGGCCGGCCUCCCAGCACUGGGUGUGGAUGUCCUUGGAGCCUCCUGUCAACAAUGCAAACCUCGCACAGUUCAAUGGCCUCUUCAACUGGACCAUGAGUUACAGACGUGAUGCAGACAUACCUAUACCUUAUGGAAAGACCAUUCCUGGAGGGGAGGAGCACAGUUUCAAGGCUCCUGCAAAUCACUCCUGUCUUGUCAGCUGGGUGGUCAGCAGCUACAAGCCUCAGCAGGCCCGUUCCAGUGUUUACCAAAGUCUAAAAAAGUAUAUCCCCAUAAAGGUCUAUGGCAGGUGGACUAAAGAAAUGCUGUCAGACAGAAAGCUGUUGGCCACCAUUGCAAACUGCCUGUUUUACCUGUCUUUUGAGAACUCUGAGGCAAGGGACUACAUCAGUGAGAAGCUCUGGAGGAACGCUUUCCAAGCAGGGGUUGUGCCAGUGGUCCUGGGCCCCAGCAGGGCCACCUAUGAAGCUUUGGCACCCCCUGGCUCUUUCAUCCAUGUGUCUGAUUUUAACAGCACAGCAAAUCUGGCUGCCUACCUCAAGCUCGUGGCUGCAGAUAGGAAGAAGUAUGAAGGAUACUUCCAGUGGCAUCGCACUCAUGCCAUAAAAACCUACACUGAGUGGAGAGAACGACUGUGUCAGAUCUGUGUCAAGUACCCCAAUUUACCAGCCAAGCAAGUCUACCAGGACCUGGAGGGCUGGGUCAGCAGUUAACAUUAACAGAGGCAACUGGUUUUCAGUACCCUUUCCUUGGGGGGUAAUGGUACGGUAUGAGUGGAGCUAGACCCACAAAGUCAAUCCCUUGCGACCGCAGUCUAUUCUCACACAAGGCUUGACGUCUUCUUGAGACAAACGGCCACAAACCGAGCAGGAAAAAGAGCUGCUGGACGUCCUACAUUGUUGUCCUUGUUGUUUUG